AUGAUGAAAGCAUGCGUUUUGUCGAGUGUUCCUCUGAUACUUGCUCUUUCCUUCUCCGUGGGCGCAACGGUUCAAGCAUUUUUUGUGACUCCUAUUCUUCAACAAAGUCGUCUGAUUCUGAAGAAUUCCGAAAAGGUAGAAGUCUGUGGCUUCAAGGACUGCAAGCGUGCAGGCGGAGGCAAACGGCUAGAGAACUUAAUCAAUGCGAUUGUCGAGGAAAAGGGAUUGUCCGAUGCGAUUUCCGUGGAAGGGUGCGACUGUCAAGGAGAAUGCGGUUACGGCCCCAACGUUGUAGUAGAUGGCAAGUUGAUCAACAACGUGCGCGGACGAGAGGCCGUCUUGCAGGCUCUCGGCCUCGACGACGACGCGGAAGAUCCUGAUUUGGACGAUUUUGGCGAGGACUUGGACACAGGUGGUGUUGUGCUGGAUGAUCUUAACUGGCGAGUGGAAAAGUUGCGGCUGGAAGAACAAAAUACACAGCGCUUUCUGAAGUCGAAGCCCCGCUUCUUACCUUACGAUGACUGUCGCCGCUGGGUGCAAGCUUGGGGUCAGCGAUGGGAAACGGCAAAGGACUGGGAGAAUUGGAUUGCAAUGGGAGAAAAACGAAACUCUUACAUUCCCUCUCGGCCUGAUGAAUACUACGGCACACUAGGACAGUGGAAAGGUUGGGAGCAUUUUCUCGGCUCCCGGAAGAGUAAAGACGGAAAAAACGAGACCAACAAUGAUAAGUGA